AUGACGUGUUCUGAUACACUCAGGUAUGAAAGAGAACACUCGGCUGAUUACAGGUGUGAGAAUGAACACUCGUCUGAUUACAGGUAUGAGGGAGAACACUCGGCUGAUUACAGGUACGAGGGAGAACACUCGGCUGAUUUUAGGUAUGAAAGAGAACACUCGGCUGAUUACAGGUGUGAGGGAGAACAAUCGGCUGAUUGCAGGUAUGAGAGGGAACACUCGGCUGAUUACAGGUAUGAGAGAGAACACUCGACUGAUUACAGGUAUGAGAGGGAACAAUCGGCUGAUUACAGAUAUGAGAGGGAACACUCGGCUGAUUACAGGUAUGAGAGAGAACACUCGACUGAUUACAGAUAUGAGAAAGAACACUCGGCUGAUUGCAGGUGUGAGGGAGAACAAUCGGCUGAUUGCAGGUAUGAGAGGGAACACUCGGCUGAUUACAGGUAUGAGAGAGAACACUCGACUGAUUACAGGUAUGAGAGGGAACAAUCGGCUGAUUACAGAUAUGAGAGGGAACACUCGGCUGAUUACAGGUAUGAGAGAGAACACUCGACUGAUUACAGAUAUGAGAAAGAACACUCGGCUGAUUGCAGGUGUGAGGGAGAACAAUCGGCUGAUUGCAGGUAUGAGAGGGAACACUCGGCUGAUUACAGGUAUGAGAGAGAACACUCGACUGAUUACAGGUAUGAGAGGGAACAAUCGGCUGAUUACAGAUAUGAGAGGGAACACUCGGCUGAUUACAGGUAUGAGAGAGAACACUCGACUGAUUACAGAUAUGAGAAAGAACACUUGGCUGAUUACAGGUAUAUCGCACCUGUUCUGUUACCUGGCAGUGGUAUAAAUCAUUAUGGAUAA